AUGUCGGAUCAAAAGGCAAUGAAAAAGCGGCUGAAAGCUUUGAUGGCGUUGUCGGAAAACCAAGUUUGUGCCGAUUGUCCGGAAAAGAAACCAACCUGGGCAUCCAUUAUUGCGCCUCCGCCUGGAUCACCACCAGGAACGGAAAAGACUGGAGCGUUUGUUUGUUUAGAAUGUUCUGGAUCUCACCGACGUCUUGGUGUCCACAUUACGUUUGUCAGAAGUGUUAAUCUUGAUUCUUGGAAAGAUUGGGAGGUUCGGGCAAUGGAAAAUGGGGGAAAUACGAAAGUAAAUGUCAUUUUCGAAGCCAACUUGGACCGAGAAAAGCCUUCCAAUCAUGCGACUGGUCCUACGAGGGAGCGCUAUAUUCGUGACAAAUAUGAAAGGCGAAAGUAUUUCAAUCCAGCUGGAUUCUCGAUGCCAGGAAACUCGGGUUCGACGGGAGGCAAUGGACAAGCACCUCGAUCAGCUGGAGCGACGUCAUUGUCGCGCCCUGGUGCCCCAUCAGAGAUUGCUCGUCAACGAGUAGCCCAACGUCAAGCACGCAUGAAAACUGCACAAUCGCAGGCAGAAGUGCCGAGACCUUCCAAGCCACAAGUUGCCCAGGCACCCGCUUCAGCACCAGUCGUUAUGGAUCUCCUAGACUUUGGAACAUCACCUGCGCCCCCUCCAGCUGGACCUCCAUCUGUAGGGUUCACUUCAGAUCCAUUCGCGCCCCAGCCUACUGGAACACAACCUAUCACGAAUAUGACAAACCCUACCCCCGCUCCAGCAGCAGUUGCGGCACCACCCUCGCAGCCCCCAACCCUAGCUCCACCUCCACAGCAGGGACAGGAACAAAGGGCGAAACAACCAGGAUCCGAAUUUUUGACUCCAGCCCCAGCAGCAGCACAACCACAGAUGGCAUCAAACGACUCGAUUAUGGCUCUUUUCAAUACCCCGGUGCAAACAAAUGCUGGGUUUGGAAUGCAAUCUGGAAUGAUGAACAACAACAUGGGAAUGAUGGCUGGUAUGAUACCGCAGCAGCAACAACAGCAACCCCAACAUGGAAUCCCAGGUGGCAUGAUGAAUCCUGGUACGCAACAGCAACAUUUGAAUGGAGGUGGCAUGGUGGGAAAUGUGUCUCAAAUGAUGAAUGGCGGGCAGAUGACGAAUCCUCAAAUGAUGAUGACGAAUGGCAACAUGCAACAGCAACAACAAAUGAUGAUGAUGAUGAUGAUGCAACAACAGCAGAUGCAAAAACAGAUGCAAACUCCAAACAAUGGCAUGAACCAAAUGAAUAUGAGCAAUGCUUUUCCACAGCAGGGUAACCAGACGAUGAUGGGUGGAAUGAUCAAUGUGGUAGGCAAUAACGAUAUGAAUGCCAUGGGACAAAGUAUGCAACAGAUGAAUCUUGGUGUUGGAAGGAACCAGCAUAACUCAGAUGAUGGAGGGUUUGGAGUACCUAUGGGUGGAAACGCACCCAAAAAGGACGAUCCUUUCUCAUCGCUUGGAGGAAUGAAUGCAUUUCGAUAA